UCGUCACGUUUUUGCUUGGCAGACUCGGAAGAAACUGUUGUAAACGAUACAAUAUUAGCAGCAAUUUGAGUUAGAUUUGAGUUUUAUUUCAUAUAUAUAUAUAUAUAUAUAUAUAUAUAUAUAUAUAUAUAUAAUAUAUAAAACACCACAUUAAAAAAAAAAAAAAUGUCAGAAUUUGAUGAGUUUGAGAAGCAGCUAAGCGAAAAUCGGCAGGAAAGAGAAAAUGAACAUCACAAAAAAAGAAGUCGGAGCAAAUCGCAAAGCCGCAGCGAGAAGCAUCGCAGUUGGAGCAAGGACAGGGACAGUCGUAGCCGAGACAAAAAACGACAUAGUCGGGAUCGGAAGAGUAAGAGCAGAGACAUACGGAGCAGGUCAAAGGAGCAGAAGAAACACAGUUACUCUCCUCCACGAAGGUCCCGAAAGAAAAGAUUGUGUAAAUACUGGGAUGUUCCACCUCCAGGUUUUGAACACAUCACACCAGUGCAGUACAAGGCUAUGCAAGCUGCAGGGCAGAUCCCCAGUGCAGCUCUGCUGGUAAACUCCACAGUUAGCGGAGUAGCUGUCACCCCCACACAGGUGCCGACAGUUGGCAGUCAGAUGACUCGACAGGCCAGACGACUCUAUGUGGGAAAUAUUCCUUUUGGUGUUACAGAGGAGUUAAUGGCUGAUUUCUUUAAUGCUCAAAUGCGUCUCGCUGGGCUAUCGCAGGCCCCUGGCAACCCGGUUCUUGCAGUCCAGAUUAACCAGGAUAAAAACUUUGCCUUCCUUGAAUUCCGUUCAGUUGAUGAGACUACACAGGCCAUGGCGUUUGAUGGGAUAAUAUUCCAGCUUCAGUCUUUAAAGAUCCGGAGACCUCAUGACUACCAGCCUUUACCAGGGAUUGCAGAACAACCCCCUCUUCAUGUCCCAGGUGUUGUCUCCACAGUUGUUCCAGAUUCUCCAAACAAGCUUUUCAUCGGUGGUUUACCCAAUUACCUCAAUGACGAUCAGGUAAAGGAGCUUUUGACGUCAUUUGGUCCUCUUAAAGCGUUCAACUUGGUGAAGGACAGUGCAACAUCAUUGUCUAAAGGUUAUGCCUUUUGUGAAUAUGUUGAUGUCAGUGUUACUGACCAGGCAGCUGCAGGACUGAAUGGCAUGCAGCUCGGAGACAAAAAGCUAAUAGUACAGCGAGCAAGUGUGGGGGCUAAGAAUGCUAAUCCGAGUACAAUCGUUCAGACCCUAGUAACUUUGCAAGUACCAGGCCUACAGACUUUCCAAAACACAGGAAUGCCAACAGAAGUGCUCUGCCUGUUAAAUAUGGUAAUGCCUGAGGAGCUGGUGGAGGAUGAUGAGUAUGAAGAGAUUUUAGAAGAUAUUCGUGAAGAGUGCUGCAAAUAUGGACGAGUCCGGUCUAUCGAAAUCCCACGGCCAGUCGAUGGUCUUGAAGUGCCAGGCUGUGGCAAGAUCUUUGUGGAGUUUGUUUCACCUUCAGAAUGCCAGAAAGCCAUGCAAGCGCUCACUGGCCGAAAAUUUGCUAAUAGAGUGGUUGUUACAAAAUACUAUGAUCCAGAUAUGUAUCACAGACGUGAAUUCUAAGUGCUGUGCUAGUGUGCAUUAGAUCUCCAUCCUUUACUAAAGCACACAGUUUAAUAUGUUUAGAACCAUCUCCCUACAGUGUACUUUCAUGAUAGUAUUAUUAUUAUUAACAAUAAUAAUAAUAAUAAUAAUAAAAAAUAAUAAUAAUUGCAUCCAGUUACGUUCACAUUAUUCCUUUUAAACAAGGCAUCAACUUGCAUAGCCCAUGUGAUUUUCUUUUUACAUCUACUGUACGUGUAUCUGUACACCUUCCAAAAUUUGACCACAAGCAGCCAGGAAUUAAAGCUUCUAAAACUGUGGCUACACUCAAAAUGGAAGGACUAUUUAAACUAUAUAGCAUGACAAGGUGUGUGGAUAUCACCCUUCGGUGACUUCAACCCUGUCAUGACCUAUUUUAUUUUUUUUAUUUUUUUAUUUGUGCAUUACUAUAAUUGUAUUACAUUUAGCCAGGAGGCA